CUUUUUUGGACUUUGACAAAAGUGGCUUUCAACUUGCAACCAUCCUCCUGGUUGUCAUCGUCCAUCUUAUCCAACCCCUUGUCCAACAAACAACCGAGACACCGUCCAACGCAGCACCUGGUACCGGUAGGGCUGCUUUCAGUAGGUUCACUUCAAACUCAGAGCACCUCGGAAGGAAGUCUGGUCGGAGUUGGCAUCUCUAAAAGAACGAGGGUUGGGGUGGCGGAGGAGUUGAGCUACUGGUGUGGGGAUGUACCAGCGGCUUGUUGGUAGUGUGCAUGUCAUGGCAGAUGCUAACAAAAUACCAUGCCCCCUCCGAGCAUGUCGGACCCUCCUGAAGAGAAGGUACCCAUCCAGCGUUUACCGUCACAUUCGAUCUUGCGCCCAGCGAAGUGGGCUGGGGCUAGCACACGGACCUGUUGACAUCACAUGCCCACUGUGUUUUCAACGAGCCGUGCAUGUCAGCUACGAUGCGUUUGCACGUACGCAUUACAGAGGCCAUAUUGUGGAACAACCGGCCCCGGUGAUUCCGGGAGGGAGCGGUGCAUUGGGGAAUGGUGGAUUGGAGAAUGGUGGGGUUUUGGGAAACGGAGAUCGCCAACUACAAUUCGAAAACGACCACAAUACCACGAGACGAGGAAUGCGAUGGACACCAAGCUCGAGUUCUAGCUCCUCUUCAGGCGAGCAUUCAAGUUCAUCAUCAAGUGACCAUAGCUCAAGCAAACCAGACCCCAGCUCUGAAGACGAUCCGGGAGACGAGGGCGAUGAAGCUAUUGAAGAGCUUGCAGCUAUUUUCCAACCUCCACCUGCUGAACCCUUCCAUCUCAAUGACGACCAAAUUCCAUUUCUACGCUUUCUUCACCACACGAUCAAGGCUCGCUGGACCAGAGAGGCUUACCAUGAUUAUUACGAACUCAACAUCACCAAUAUCAAUAUACCCAGCAACAGGAAGACUGCACUUCGUUGAGCAUGGGCCCUUUUCAACCCGAGGAUGUCUGUGCACGAUCUCCGUAUCCCAGAUAGCCCCAAUAUCAUUCCGUAAGUACCACUGUCGAGCAUCGUCGCCUGGUGGUUCCAGCAUCCUCUUAUCUCGAACAACCUCACCGACGUCAACGAACAGCACACAA